GGCAGGAAUGCGGAACCCGCGCGCGGGCUGAGGCGCCGGCAUGGCGCAGGGGCGGCUGUGAGCGCGCGGGGUCGCGGCCAUGGCCAAGGAGCGGCGCCGGGCGGUCCUGGAGCUGCUGCGGCGGCCGGGAAACGAGCACUGCGCGGACUGCGGCGCCCCGGACCCCGACUGGGCCUCCUACACGCUGGGUGUGUUCAUCUGCCUGAGCUGCUCCGGGAUCCACAGGAACAUCCCACAGGUCAGCAAGGUCAAGUCUGUGCGGCUGGAUGCCUGGGAGGACUCACAGGUGGAGUUCCUGGCCUCCCAUGGCAACGCCGCCGCCAGAGCCACGUUCGAGGCCCAAGUGCCACCCUUCUAUUAUCGGCCCACCUGCGCUGACUGCCCACUCCUGCGAGAGCAGUGGAUCCGUGCCAAGUACGAGCGCCUGGAAUUCAUGCUGCCCGAGAAGCAGGAGCCCUAUUCGGCGGGGUACCGGGAGGGUUUUCUCUGGAAGCGUGGCCGGGACAACGGGCAAUUCCUGAGCCGGAAGUUCGUGCUGACGGAACGUGAGGGGGCCCUCAAGUACUUCAACAGAAAUGAUGCCAAGGAGCCCAAGGCUGUGAUGAAAAUUGAGCACCUCAAUGCCACCUUCCAGCCAGCCAAGAUUGGCCACCCGCAUGGCUUGCAGGUCACCCACCUCAAGGACAACAGUACCCGUAACAUCUUCAUCUACCACGAGGACGGCAAGGAGAUUGUGGACUGGUUCAACGCGCUACGAGCUGCCCGCUUCCACUACCUGCAGGUGGCGUUCCCGGGGGCCAGCGAUGCAGAACUGGUGCCGAAGCUCUCCAGGAACUACCUCAAGGAAGGCUACAUGGAGAAGACGGGGCCCAAGCAAACCGAGGGCUUCCGCAAGCGCUGGUUCACCAUGGAUGACCGGAGGCUCCUGUAUUUCAAGGACCCGCUGGACGCCUUCGCCCGUGGGGAGGUCUUCAUUGGCAGCAAGGAGAGUGGCUACACGGUGCUGGAGGGGCUGCCGCCAUCCACCCAGGGCCACCACUGGCCACACGGCAUCACCAUCGUCACGCCUGACCGCAAGUUUCUGUUCACCUGCGAGACGGAAGCCGAGCAGCAGGAGUGGGUGCAGGCGUUUCAGAAAGUGGUGGCCAGGCCCAUGUUGCCACAGGAGUAUGCAGUGGAAGCCCACUUCAAGCAUAAACCCUAGCGGAGGCAGCUGGACACCCGGGGACCCCGGACACGCGACGUGGCUGUCAGUAGCUGCGAUGGGGGGUGGGGGGCUGUGCACAUGGCGAGCCCAGGCUGAGCUGCGUCCCCACCAGAACUGGCCUUGGGGCUGACUGGGCACCCAGGCCCUCAGUACCAACUCCCCCAGAGGCUCCCUGCCUCUAAGCAGGACUCAAGAGCUGGCUGCUGCACACACACGCUGUGGCCCGAGGGACUGUGCCCUCGCCCUGCCCCCUCGCCCUGCCCCCUCCAGUAUUUAUUGGGCACUGCUGCAUGGGCAGUGAGCAGUGUGUGCACAGCUCCUGGGGACCCUCUGCUGGCUGGAGGCCCCCACCUUGCCCCUGGCCCACAGCCAGCCCUUUUGGGCUGCCCAGCCGCUGCACUCUGAGAACCCCGUGGCCCUGGCUUUUGUGGGUGCUGACCAGUGGCCACUGCCCGCCCAUGCCCAGCUUGCCCUCCCUGCUGGCUGCUGGCAGGCCAGUGGCUAAGGCCACAGUGGAUGUGUCACCUGCAGGUGCCCUGGCUACUCCCCCAGCUCCCCCACCCUGCCCCGGGUGUGUUCAGCACACACACGUGUAGGCCUGCAUGUGGAGUGUGCACGGUGGACAGCCACGACCUUAGCAAACCCCAGACCCAGCUCUGGAUGGAAGAUGCCCCUACGAGGUGGCGGUGGUGGCGGGAGCCCAUGGCAGCCCUUCCUGUCCACCCCGUGUUGGGGUUCUGAGUGCACAAACCCACAAUAAAUGGCACUUGACCCGCA